GACUAUGAGAGAAGUUAUGUUCCAUAAGAAGUAGGCUACUCUAAUGUCACAUUACAGGAAAUAACUGCACCGUGCAAACAUUGCAGUAGGCUACGCAUGACGCAGGUGUUUGCUGAAGAAAAGUUUGAAUGAUCCGUAGCAAAACUCUGCGGAAGCGGCGACAGAGGUGCAAAAUAACACAGACUGGAUCAUCUGUGACAGUGAUCUGUGCGAUGGAAACUGGUGAAGGGAGAAUCGGUGUUGGUUACUUCACCUGCCUGUGUUGUUUCUGAUCAAAUUCAUAUUUUUCCAAUGCUGUUUGGAAAGGAUGAAUGUUUUUUUACUUCGGGGUGUUCUUCUCUGCGCGAUGUUGCAGCGGAGCAACAUGCAAAUUGCUGUACCUGCCACAGUGUUAAACUGCUGUGAAGGGCAUAUUCUCCUUCUGCUGGACUCUUCAGGAAGUAUAGCAAACUACGAGUUCUCACGCCUGUUGCACUUCGUCACCGAGCUGCUUCGCCCCUUCUCAUUGGGACGUGGGCACGUAAGAGUCGGACUGCUGCAGGUGGGCACAAACCCUAACCUGGAGUUUGGCCUGGACGUCCACAGCAAUCAGAAAGGUCUGCAGAAAGCUCUGCGGAGUGUCAGCCAGCUGCAGGGAGACACCAACACUGAGGCAGCGCUCAGGGUGGCACAGCAGCUUCUGACAGAGACAGAUGAGAACGUGCCAAAGAUUCUGCUGUGGCUGACGGAUGGUGUGCAGCCUGGAGACGUGGACAAACCGAUGUCGGAGCUGAAGGCGCAGGGAGUUUCUGUACUAGCUGUGUCUACAGUACAUGGCAACUACCAGGUGUUACAACGUGCAGUGACACCUCCACUGGAGUCUCACCUCUAUUCUGUGGACAUAGAUAACAUGGACAUCAUCACUGAGGACCUGAGGGAGGCCAUUAUCAAAAUUAUUCGUGCAGAACGGCUGCGCGUGGUGCACUUGACUUCCCACAGUGCUGUGCUGCAGUGGCGUCCUGUUCUGAGCGCUGACAACGGUCACUAUGAGCUCUCGUACGAAUCUAGGUGGAAAACGGACACUGAAACUAGACGCAUUCUCCCAGGCGACUCCAGCUGGGUAGAGCUGACCAAACUGCAGCCUGAAACCACCUACACAGCUGCCCUCCGCCCAGAGUCCAACCAGAGGCUGUUUAACACACUCUCUGUUAACUUCACUACACUUCCUGAUGUUUUAAGCCCGACAGUCGUCUCUGUGUCAGACUCUGGGCCUCGUCAGAUCCGUGUGAGCUGGGGUCCCCUGCAGCUGGCUCGAGUCCAGAGAUAUACUGUUGAGUAUGGAGCUAUUCCAAGCGGACACGUCCACACCGUUACAUUACCAAACCAGCAGAACUCUACCUUGCUGCUCGGCCUGGAGCCGGGCACUUUGUACCUGGUCACAGUCAGUGCUCUGCAUGUGAAUGGAAAAGAAAGAGCCAUGUCUGUAAGAGCAUGCACUCAAGAGGCUCUGCCAGCUCUGGCCGACCUUCAGUUGACCACAGUGGAGCGUCAGGAGGUAAAGGUAACGUGGAAGGCCCAUCAGGAAGGUUUGAAAGGCUACUGGCUGAGCUCCCACAGCUCCUCCUCGAAGCCCUUCAUCGCCUCCGCGUACCUGCCUCCUACCUCUCGUUCAACGCGUCUCACGCGCCUCGCACCGAGCAGUCGAGUGUGUGUGUCCCCGGUCUAUGGCUGGGGCCGAGGAGACGGGUUAUGCUGCACUGCAGAGAGGCACACACGUUGGCUGAGCUGAAUAUUAUUAACUGUUUUUUUUUCUUAAUUCCUGCAAUUAUGCUCAUACAUAGCAGGUUUGGUUCAUUAAAGGGAAUCGUAAUUUCUCAUUUGUCUUUCUCUUCGGUCUAAUAGAAUCCAGCCAGUGGGGUUAACAACCAGAGUCUGCAGCAAUCAGGCUGCUGGAGCAAAACAGUUUGUGAAAUUGAGCAUUUUAAGUGCUGGAUGCACCAGAUAUCUUGAGCAGGACUGAAUUAUAAAUAAUAGUAUUAUCAAGUUAAAAUGUUCAUCUUAAAAUGAAUUUAAGUGACAGAAAAGGCUUUAUCACAUAACACCAGCCCUCUGUCCUCACAGUGGUUAAGCAAAAUUGGGCAUUCACUUGUAUUACCAACUUAGCAGGAAGGUUUCCCACCACAGCAUCACACAUUUGUUCCAACACAUCAGUUAGUCAGACACAUAAACAACUGCAGAGUGUGCAGGUAGGCAGCAUUCACAGUUUGUGUGAGGAACUAUUGUACUAUUGUUAUUAGCAAUUAUUAGUUAUCAUAAUGAUUAUCAGUUUGUAAUACCAGCCUACCCUUAAAUUACCCUGUUACAUAAUUACAGGUGUAAUUACUUGAAAUUAUAUGUAAAAGGUUCUCUUCUCUAUGCAAGUAUUCAAAGUUCUUAUAAUGCGAUAAAUGUAAAGUUUUGGUUACAACGCCUGAAAUAAGAUAAGCAUGAGAAAAUGAAUUGAGGCACAAUAAACCACAAAACACUGUGUAGAGCUAAAGCUAUAAAAAUACAAGUGCCCUGAUAAGCUGAGAAGCUGAAUCAGAACCCUGAUAAUCAGGCAGAAUUGCUUUUCAUUUUCACUUCAUUAUUCAUUUUAAAUUGGUGAAAAGAAGAUGAUAUGUGACCAUUAAUUCAGAGGUCUGGAACCAAACAGGUCAUCUUAACCCUCAAACAAAUGUACUUAUUUUUCUUCUACUAGUUUUCACGUGAAUGUUGAAUGAACUUAUAACAGCCUGAAGCUGAAGACGCUUUGAAUGCCAAGUUAGAGGACUACGACCUUGUCUGUUAAUGUUUUGCUCAGACUAGCAGCGCUUUGAAACUUAUAAAAGCAGUGUUCUCUUGUGAAAACAAUCCAAAUGUAUUACCAUAAAAAAGGUUGUGUUACACACAGUGGACACACAAAUUGAACUCAUCAGUGCAAAGUUAUAUAUAUCCAUUUUUCUCUUGGUUUCACUAAGGGAUGGACAUUUAGCAGUUACAUCAUGUGUCACACUGGCAGCGCACAGUAAAAUCAGACAGGUGUGUUUCUGCGUUGCCAUCAGCAAUAAAACACAGAGACAAUGUGGUGCUUGUGAAGCAUGAAGAUGAUUGUUGUAUUUUAUGUUAUCGGCUCUUCAGAUCAGAGUGAAUUCUAUACUGUAUCUGCAUCCUGUUUCUGUACUUUCUGUGUUUAGUGCUUAUAGUGAAUAUGUACUGUGAAUACAUUUUUAAUUAUUUGUAUUGUAUUGAACUUUAUAUGCUACUGAAUUUGGGGUCAUGUAUAUCUGGUAAAAUGUUUCUUUGGUAAAAGAGAAAAAAGAUUCUAUUAAAUCUUCUAUUAUAUUUGCA